AUGACGGAAUUUACUCCCCACGCUGCUGGGAACGCUGGGAACGCCUAUUUAACUCGCAACUACAGAGACAGGAAGUGCAUUCAAUAUCAGAAGAACAGCUUUGCCCGAUUGCUUAAUUACAAGAUUACGAAUGAAAAUACGCCAUUAAAUCCAUUGUAUGGUAGAGACCAACAAUUGAUUCCAAGUUUUCCGGCAACGAGUGCCCAUAUUCAUGCUUUGAAUGCUGCAACUAUAUAUCAACCAGCUUCUAUUGGCUUUAGAUUUGCCGUUGUGAGAAAGGGAGACAUCUGA